CUACUGGUUAUCCCCUUCCCAAUUCGCGAAGGCACUAGCAGACACCAAUAUCUACGGUCUUUCACAUCCAUCGAGAUGGAGAAAGCCGAUAUGGUCACGAUAGAGCAACGCCCGAUUCGAUGGAAGCAGCACUCUCACUAUGAGCCCACCACCAAUGAAGAGCGAGAGUUGGACCGAACCAUUAACUUGAAGUUGGACCUGGUGGUUGUCUUGAUACUGUCUAUCAACUUCAUCUUGUGUGGUAUAGACAAGACCAAUAUCGGAUUCGUCGCAACAACAAAUUUUGUUAAAGACGCUAACCUCAGGCCUGACGAUGUUCCCGACUCUGUGUCCUUAUUAUCUGUGACAUUCGUGACUCUGCAACCAUUCUCAGCUGCCAUAGGCCGCUAUAUCCGUCCCAAAUACUGGAUCUGCCUCAUGAUGCUCUUUUGGGGGGCAGUCUGUAUGGCUCAUGCCGGGGUGAAAAAUCGAGCCACCUUGAUUGCAUUACGCUUGCUUCUCGGAGCCGCAGAAGCAGGAUUUGUUCCCACCUCUUUCUACUACCUCAGCACGCUUUACCCAAAGUACGUGCUGGGGAGGCGAUUGGGCCUGUUUUGUGGAAUGUUCGCUAUAGCGGGCGCUUUCGCAGGUCUCAUAGCCUAUGGCCUCUUCAAGAUCAAGUCUGACGUCCUCCACGACUGGCAAAUCUUGUUCAUCUUCGAAGGCGCUAUCACACUGCUGAUGGCUAUUGUAACAUUCGUCAUGCUGCCUGCAGAUCUUCACACGGCUUGGUUUCUUACCCCGCUGCAGCGCGCUCAUGCCGUCAGAAGGAUGCAAAUGGACCUCGAUGAAAACGUUCCAGACAUAGAAGAGGUGGCAACAACCAAAGAGAGUCGGAGGUUCUCAUCCCGAGAUCUUAAAGAGGCUCUAACGGAUUGGAAGAAACUCAUUGUUAUAUUGUUCAACAUCACUGCGACUCUUCCAGUGUCCGCCUUUUCUUACUUCAUGCCUUUGCUCGUCAAGGGAAUGGGGUAUACAGGUGUUAAGGCAUCCCUGAUGAGUGUGCCUCCAUUCAUUGUCGGAGCAAUUGGAUUAUUCUGUUUCGUCACGAGCAGUGAUUACUUCAAAGAGCGCAGCCUCCACGUCAUGUCCGCUAUGUUUUUGGCUAUUAUAGGGUUGAUCGUCAUGGUCGUCUCGACCAGCUCAAAACUUAGAUAUGGAUUCACCCACGUGUGUCUGGCCGGAGCAUUUACGGGAGGCCCGCUCAUAGUUGCUUGGAUUGCAGGAAAUACACCUGAAAAGGGUGUGCGCUCGAUUUUAAUUGGCAUCAACGGCUACUCUAACCUGGCCGGUGUGAUAGCAGGGCAGCUCUUCAAGACGAAACAUUCUCCUAGAUAUCGAUUUCCAUUGACAGUAACGAUGUGUAUCAUGUCUGCCGGAAUAGUCGGAUUUGGGAUAAUUCGAUCAGUAUUUGUGUAUAUCAAUCGAUCGAGAGAAAGAAAGAUAGCAACCUGGACCGACGCAGAUUUCGAAACCGAAGAAAACAGCACCGUCAGGCGAGGUGAUCGCCGAUAUACGUUCAAAUACGGGUACUAG